AUGCCAAUCAACGGCGUUUGCCCUCCAUGUCCACCACCUCCGCCUUGUCCGCCCGAUCCAAAGUGCACGGUGCUGAAUACGAGUCGUGGAAGUCAGAAGAAAACACAACCCAGCUCCAAAAGCGACGAGGACGACGAUGUUUUUGGAGCAAUUGGAGGUGACCUCUACAAGCGGUCUGCGAUCUCGGUGAAAGGAGAAUUUCGGCGUUCCCCUGGAAUGCUCUUCCGCAGUCAUCGGUCGACGGCUUUUCGGCUGAUUGAAAAGGACUGUCCGGCGGGGGAGAUGAAACGAUUGAUGGCCAGGAGCAUGAUCCCCUCCUCCAGCAGAAGCAAACAGCGCAUAAUAUCCGCUUUUCGAAUGGCUAUUGGGCAUGAGGUAGGGGUUGUGUGCUCUGAGCACGCCUUCUCCCUCCACCUCACCACUACCCGCUUUUGCCGGCUAACAAUGGAUGGAGUGACAUGUGUUGCAUUCAGGGAUCUACGAAAA